CAAAUUCCGUUAUCUUCAUUUUAUUUGAUUUAAACUAUAAAAUAUACAACACAAAAAUUAUAUUAAAAAAAGAAAGAAACGAUGAAUGAAUCAACAAGUUUUCUAGAAACACUUAUCUUCAAAUAUCUAUAAAGCGGCACACUCUCCUCUUUCCCAUCAUCAUCAUCAUCUUCUUCAACCUUGUCUCGAUCCAAAAUUUCAUCUUUUACCAAAACUAUUACAAUAUCCCUCACUCUACUUGUAAAGCUUCAAUCUUCUUCACUUCUCAACAAACAGAUAAACAAAAAGCUUCAAUCUUUGAUACUUUCUCGAUGGAACUUAUCCCCAAUCUUCCCGACGACGUUGCUCGCGAGUGUCUCCUUCGCUCCUCCUACCAACAGUUCCCUGUCAUCGCCUCCGUUUGCAGAGCCUGGAACCGUGAAGUCUCUCUCUCUCAGUUUUUACAUCAGCGAAAAGCUUCACGCCAUAGCCAAGAGCUUCUUAUUCUGUCUCAGGCUCGUGUCGACCCCGCUGGAUCCGGAAAGAUCAUCGCUACGCCUGAAUACCGGAUCUCUGUUCUCGAAUCCGGGUCGGGUCUUUGGACGGAGCUUCCUCCGAUUCCUGGUCAAACCAAAGGACUUCCUCUGUUCUGCAGAUUGGUUUCCGUUGGAUCCGAUCUUAUUGUCUUGGGUGGGCUUGACCCGAUUACGUGGCAGGCCCAUGAUUCGGUAUUCGUCUUCAGUUUUCUCACUUCCAAAUGGCGCGUGGGGGCAACCAUGCCAGGUGUACGGAGGUCCUUCUUCGGAUGCGCUUCGGAUUCGGAUCGGACGGUGCUGGUUGCGGGUGGACACAACGAAGAGAAAUGUGCGCUUACGUCAGCUAUGGUGUAUGACGUGUCAGAAGACAAGUGGACGUUUUUGCCGGAUAUGGCGCGGGAACGAGACGAGUGCAAAGCGGUAUUCCAUGCUGGCAGAUUCCACGUCAUCGGUGGAUAUGCCACUGAGGAACAGGGGCAGUUUAGUAAAACAGCCGAAUCGUUCGAUGUGUCUACGUGGGAGUGGGGUCCACUUACGGAGGACUUCCUCGACGACACCGGCGAUACCGUUAGCCCUCCGACCUGCGUCGCCGGUGGGGAUUUGUACGCGUGCUGGGGUGGCGAUGUGAUGAUGUUUCUAAAUGACAAGUGGCAAAAGGUGGGCCAGAUCCCUGCUGAUGUGUACAAUGUUACUUACGUAGCGGUGAGGCCCGGGAUGCUGAUUGUGAUCGGCAACGGGAAGGCGUUGGCUGGAUACGGUGAAGCCACCGUAGGGUAUAUAUGUGAUUUAAGUAGCUCACGAUGGGUAAAAUUGGAAACACACGGUGGUCAUGUUCAAGCUGGCUGCUUCUUGGAGGUCUAAUGGAAAACCUAUUCAUCUUUGGAGUUUGAACCUAAACCGCAACAAACCAAUGGGUAGUCUCGUGUGUCAAUCUACAAAUCUUUUCAUGAACAACAAAAUAAAGAAAUAUUGUAUUUAUUCAGUGUCACUUUACCAAAUAUUUAUGUUCUCUAUACAAAACUUCAAAAGGAAGAUUUGAACUUUUAGGUUCUCUAUACAAAACUGAUCUAAUUAUAUAAUUGCAAGCAAACAAACUUUCGAAACAUGUGUCGACACAAAACUUUUAAAGUUUAUUAAAGGAGCCUUGAUUUUGGUAUCCAAGAACUUUAAUGGGUUUCAUAGACUAGUCCUAUUAAUUUUUUUACUCGAG